CCACACCAUUCCAAUCAGAAAGAAACCUAUUUAAGCAAAACGCAUCGAUCUCUCCGUAAUUUUUGGCCGCAGAGUGAAUCGGAAAUCGGCAGCGGAGUAAUGGGCAAUUUCGACGGCGAUUCUGAAACGGUUUUCGAGCAGAGCUAUGCUCGAACGACGCCAAACGGAAACGGAAAAGUGCCGAACGGCAAUGGGGUGGCGCACCCCAGUGCCCCGGAAAAACAGGAACUUCUCCGGAAAUUCUCGGCACCCGCAUACACUGAAAUUCGCACGCGACGCUGCCAGCCGAAGCCCGCGAACGACGCCCAGAGUCCCAGCUCGAUCAACUACCAUCCGGAAAAGCGGUCCAUCCCGAAUGGGCAUGCCUCCCUUCUGGAUCAGGAGUCCAAGCCCAACCAGGCAGAGGGCAAACUUUCGCCGGAGAAAGAGCACUUCCAGAAGACCUCCUUUGAGGAGGUGCCCUUGCACACGGCCUGCCUCACGUAUCUGGGAUUCUACCUACUGAUGAUCCUGGGCUACAUCAACCAGCUGCUCUUCGUGCCCAAAGUGGCCACCGAGAAGGGUCGGGAUGGUUAUGUGGCCCUCUACGAUGCCUUCGAAAGCUUCUACUCGCGGUACGUGUACAGGAGGAUCAAGGAUUGCUGGAACCGACCCAUCUGCAGUGUUCCGGGCGAUGAGCUCACCCUUAAGGAUCGCGUGACUGAUGAUUACGGAUGGAGCUUCAAGUUCACUGGAACGGAGACACGUUGCUUGAAUCUGGGAUCCUACAAUUACCUGGGAUUUGCCGCCGCUACUGGGCAAUGUGCUGAUGAUUCAGAGGAAAGUGCCCGCAACUCGGGAUUGGCCUACUGCAGCUCCCGCUGUGAGCUUGGUGACAACGAGCAGCUGCAGGAGCUGGAGGCUCUAACUGCCAGAUACUUUGGCGUGGAGGAUGCUAUUGUCUUUGGCAUGGGUUUCGCCACAAAUGCACUGAACCUUCCCUCGCUGCUGGGACCCAACAGCCUUGUGAUCAGUGACGAGAAGAACCACGCCUCCAUCAUUUUGGGACUGCGUUUGUCCGGUGCCACCACCAAGGUCUUUAAGCACAACAACAUGCGGGAUCUGGAGCGCGUCCUCCGCCAGGGUGUGUGCUAUGGAAAUCCCAAAAAGGGCGGUCAGCCAUGGGAUAAGGUCAUGAUCUGUGUCGAGGGUAUCUUCAGCAUGGAAGGCUCCAUAGUCCGUUUGCCUGAGGUUAUUGCCCUGAAAAAGAAAUACAAAGCAUACUUGUACCUGGAUGAAGCUCACAGUGUGGGAGCCAUGGGUUCCCGUGGACGAGGAGUUACUGAUUACUUUAAUGUGGAUCCGAAGGAUGUGGACAUCCUGAUGGGCACCUUCACCAAAAGUUUUGGCAGUGCUGGAGGCUAUCUGGCUGGGUCUAAGAAACUUAUUGACUUCCUCCGCACCAACAGCCAUGCCCACUGCUAUGCUGCUUCGAUCUCGCCACCCAUCGCACAGCAAAUCCUUACCUCCAUGAAGACCAUUAUGGGUGAAGAUGGCACCGACACUGGACGCAAGAAGAUCCACCAGCUGGCCAGGAACACACGUUACUUCCGCCGACGUCUGGCUCAGCUGGGAGUGAUCACAUACGGUCACGAGGACUCCCCAGUGGUGCCCAUGCUGGUGUACCUGUUUUCCAAGAUCGGCGCUGUGGUGCGCACCCUGACGACCCGCCACAUUGCCGCGGUGGGAGCUGGAUUCCCGGCCACACCCAUUAUGGAAGGACGCAUCCGAUUCUGCCUUUCAGCCGCUCACACCAAGGAGCAGCUGGACUUUGCCCUGGAGGCGAUAGACGAGAUUGCCGAUGAUCUGGGCCUAAAGUAUUCUCGCAAGCCACGCGAUCCGAAUCCCGUCAUUUACUAGAAUCACACGCACACACAUAGAUGUUAAGCUUGGGGAAAAGGUAGCCUCCCCGAUUGGUAAACCAAAACUACAACACAGUCCAGAUAGUGCUAGAUCAAUCACGAACGGUGGCUUACAUUGACCAAGUUUCAGUUGCACUGGGCUUCUAUUUAUGACUAAUUCUCUGGUAAAAUGCCUUGAAAGAGAAGAUCACUAUAGCAACAGAAACAAAACACUACAGCACAUAGCUUAAAUAAUAAUAUAUUAUUAAUUAUUUAGCAUUUACCUCUACGUAGUUGUUAUUGUAUAUGUAAAAUCCAAUCGUCUUCUUCGGUCAGCUGCUGCAUUUUAAGUAUUUAUAGAAGAGAAAAUGACAGCGCAAUGUAUUAGGCAAAUCAGGUUUUGGUUACUUUUAGAGCUAAGCUAAGGAAAGCCCCUUUUUCGUGGGACAGCCGAGCACCUCGCUUCUACCAAUUAAGCAUAUUAAGCUGAGCCAAAUGUAACGUCUAAAGCGUCAGCGAUACAAUGUAAAUCACUAUUUUGGUAAGUCUUCGAGGGACCCAAAAUUUGGGCCAAUUUAAGGUCAUUGUCAGGAAAUAUAUAUGUAUAAUGAUUAUGUAUUAUUGAUUUUAUUUUUCCACCAAAAAAUAAAAAACUGUUGCUUUAUCUAUUA